AUGUGGCAUUCAUCAUCACAUUCCGGGAAUCAUCAUCGGCUCGGUCACAGCUCUCGGUCGGACCUGCGCGCGGUUCUCUCUUGGUGCGCCGGUGGUGUGUCAGCGCAGACCGGACGACGCCUGCCCGUGAACCCGCCAGGCUAUACGCCUGCUGACGGUCCCUCGUGGACACACGUGGAGAUGAGUGCUGCCGUCGAGGCCGCGCCGAGGGAUCGCACGGGUCCCACGGGCAAUGUGGAGGACGACAUGCUCACCACGUGGUUCGAAGCGGCGCAGCUCUUCAACGACGAAAGUCGGUUGCGGGAGUUUGCGCCGAGCGCAAUGGCCAGGGCCAUGCCGGGAUUGCGGGAACAGAGGAAAGCGCUCCUGGACUGCGACGUCGUGUUCAGUGGCAUCGACGGCGAUGAAGUCUGGGCGCAUCGAUUUGUGAUGUGUUACAAAUUUUCGGGCUGCUACAAGCUCUUCGACGUUGCCAGAGAAAGCAUGACUGCCGAGCAGAAGCGGGGCGUCUGGACCCGGCCAGUACAAGCGGUGAUCAGAGACCUUGAGGGUGACAUGAUCGAGCUGCUGGUCGACUUCGCCUACCAGAUACCGCUGUGCGAGCGCGUCGGCACGCACAACGUCGCCAAAGUGCUCGACCUCGCCGUGAAGCUCAAGAUAUUACCGAUUCGAGAUCACUGCUUGAGGACACUGAAGCAGAACCUCCAACCUGAGAGCUGCAUAGACACCUACCACAUGGCCGUCAACCACGGAUACGACAGCCUAGCCAGCGAAGCGCUUCGAUACCUGCUUCGCAACUUCGAUCAGGUGUGGAAGAAUAGUCCGAAGUUCGAGGCUCUGACUCCGGAAGAUAUGCGUUCCUUACUCGAGGACAGCCGACUGCACGCACCUAGUGAGGUAGAGGACACCUUCAGGGCCAUUCUGAAGUGGAUCUCCGCUGACGUCGGUGCGAGGAAGAUGUACCUCGCCCAGUUUCUGCCCCUCGUUCGCUUCGUACGGUUCACCGUCGUAGACUUCGAGAAGGUUAUCAUCAGCCCAGAAGUACAGUGUGACGGAGACAGCCUGAAAGUGCUCAACGUUAUCCAUAAGAGUGCGAACUUUUUUCACACAGACGUUGACCCGGCCUUCGAUGGCGGUGGGCGAAGUGGCCGGCAUCGACCUGUCCCCAAGCUGUGGCUCACGCCUCGCCUGCCCAAGGACAUCCUGUUCUUGUUCGGUGGCUGGACGUCCGGUGCCAGCAACCACAUGCAAACUUAUGACUGCCGCGCCGAAAAGUGGCGCUUCUUGGGCUGCCAGUGCACCCCACCCAGGGCGUACCACGGCGCGGCGGUGGUCAACUCGUGCGUUUACGUCUUGGGCGGUUUCAACGGCCGCGAGUGCUACCACUCCGUGGUGUGCUUCGACGUGUCCCUGAACAGAUGGAUCGACAAGCCUAACAUGGCGUACGCGCGCUGCUACGUCAGUGUGGCCGUUCUGCAGGGCUACAUCUAUGCCAUGGGCGGCUUCACCGGGGAAACGCGCACCAUGACGGCCGAACGGUAUGACGUAAAGAACAACCGCUGGUCCAUGAUUGCGAACAUGAUCCAAGCGCGCAGCGACGCCAGCGCUGGAGCAGCUUGUGGCCGCAUCUACAUUGUGGGUGGCUUCACGGGGCACAGUGUCCUGGACAGCGUCGACUGCUACGACCCCUCGACAGAUAGCUGGACCAGGGUUGUCACCAUGUCCACCCCACGCAGUGGCGCCCAGGUGGUCGUCCACAAGGACACCCUGUACAUCAUCGGCGGGUGCAACGGGAGGGCGCGACUUUCGAGCAUGGAACAGCUCGACGCCCGGAGAGGCCGUUUCUCGGAAUCACCCAGCAUGCCGAGCGCUAGGAGCAACUUCGCCGCCGCGGUUCUCGAAGGCUGCAUCUACGUCAUCGGGGGCUUCAACGGUAAGGCUGGCACGGCGACUAUAAAGAUCGUGGAGAAGUACAACAUCGCCGAGCGCAAGUGGUACACGGCGCCUCCUAUCGACAACAACUGCAGCGCGUCGGUCGCCUGCGUUGUUCCGGACUUAGCCAAUCCAGGUUAG